GAUCCUCCCUUCUACCAGUGACAGUUUCAUGUUGAAGAACCUGGUCUCUGGAACGGACUACAACCUGUGUGUCCUGGCCAUCUUUGAUGACAAAGUCACCUCUUUGGCAGCUACCAAGGUUCUUGGCUGCGCCCAGUUUAGCACUAAAGAACUCUACCCAGAAUGCCGAUCUCUACAGACCCACUUCCUGGGAGGAACCCUGACAAUACUUGUGGGAGGCGUUGUCGUGGUAACGCUGCUGGUGUUCACCGUGGCACUGAUGGUGCGUCACCGUGUCUGCAGUAACCAGGACGACCACUGUCACCACGGGGAUGAUAGUGAUGAGUUGGCGUGUUGCCAGGGCGGGUCAUUAGGGAGUCCGGUGAAAGAGGCGGCGGCCGGAGGUGGCGGAGGAGUCUACGGCCAAUCGGAUGGCAACGGAGAUGUGAUGAUGGUGGUCUUGCCCAAUGGGCUGCCUUCAAAGCAGAGAGGGGGCAGGACGAAGGAGAGAGGAAAAGAGAAAAAGAAGGACAAAGAGAAGGGAAACGAGGGCGAGAAAGGAGGGGCCGACGUACCUCCUAAGGUACCCCCCAAACCAAAACCCCAAACUCUCCCCAGGCCUACUCCUCCCCCUCAACCCUCCCCCGCCAAUCACGAGGCCUAUCAGAGCCCGGGAGCUCCGCUAAGACCCUCCCACAGCAUCGUGCGUGCCAAACGUAGCAACUCCCUCGACAUGGGGUUAUCUUCUUCUUCUGUUUCCAUCGCCGAGACAACGGUUACCACCCAGCGACAGUACGGCAGUCGCCACGGUUACGCCAAGCGGUUGUCAGUGACUUGGACGAGGCGGAGCAAAUCGCUGCAAGGAAUGUUGGUUGGUACACUCAGCAACAACCAGCGACCAGGGUAG